CCGCGUCAGCCAACAUCGUACAGCUAACCGCAGCUUAUGCUCCGACGCAGCAAACACAUUGCAGCACGAGAAUGGCAGGCAGCCGCAGCAGAACAGCAGCUACCCCUGCCCCUCCUCUCUGACAUGGAGUCACAAGGCAACCCCACGGUGGACAACGCCGCAUCUGGCAGUCCAUGCGAGGGAUGCAUUAUGAACCCCCUGGUCCCACAGGUCCAGCAGGUGAGUUCCACUGCGACACCUGCGGGAGCCCUUGACGCUGCGCCAGUCAGGCAGCGGGGUGAGACCAUGACGGCCUUCAUGGCCCUCCUGGCCACCUACAUGCAACAGGUACACGAGGAACAGCGACGCGAGGCGGCAGCCGAAGCUGCACGCCUCAAUGCCAUUGCACGCGAUGCGGAGCAACGGCGCCAGCAGCACGCUGAAGCAGCUGCCAACCGUUACAAAGCUCGACAAGAUGCCGCAUCCCAAGAGCUCGAGUACUUGGCCCACUUUGUGAUGCCGCAAGGCAUCCGUCCGCUCGCGGACAAGAUCAAGGCCAUCCAAGAUUGGCCGGAACCGACCAACACCACGGAAGUCCGCUCUUUUAUGGGAUUGGCCGGGUACUACCAACGCUUCGUCGGAGGAUACGCACGGAUCGCCGCGCCCUUGUCAAGAUUGCAGUGUCCAAAGGUGCCCUUCCAGUUCACCGACAAAGUCCGCAGUUCGUUCGACAAAUUGAAGACGGCGUUGCUUCUCGCUUCCAUCUUGAGUAUCUACUACCCCAUCUUGCCUACGAGAGUGGCUAUGGACGCUGUCGACUACGGCAUGGGUGCAGUUUUGGAACAACACGAGGGAGUAGAUUGGCAUCCGGUUGAGUAUUUCAGCCAAAAGGUGUCUCCCAUCAACUCGGUUGAUGAUGCGCGGAAGGAGUUGCUUGCUUUCGUCACGGUACUCAAGCUCUUUGAUCAAUACGACUUCAAGCUAGACUAUGUGAAGGCAGAGUACAAUAAGGUUGCUGAUGCGCUGUCACUAAGGGCAGACUAUCUAGGAACACUGAUAAUCGAGUUUGGCCUAUCGGAGGAUGUAACUCCAUCCUUGAUUGAAGCCUACAAGGAAGACCCUGUCAUGAUGGACAUCAUACGCAAGCUUGAGACCCAAGAUAAGGCCACAUUUGGCGAGUUUGUGAUGGUGGAUGGGCUGCUCUUUCUUGAAAAGGCAAGGUUAAAAAGACUGUGUAUACCGUCUAAGUUUCCUGCCUCGUUGCUUGUUACGGCAACAGCAGAAUCUGCACCUGCUGCAGGUCCUGAUGGGUUUGCCAUCACACUCAAGGAAGCAGCAGAAGUAGAUACGUCCGUAGAUGCUGAGUGGCCGCUGACCCUCAAGCUCGCCUACUUGAGGGCAGCCCUUAAGUUGCCAAGUGUCUCCCUUGAAUCAGAUUCCAGUUGGGGACUCCGUGCCGCAGCGCCCACCAAGGUGAUGAAGAUGGCUGGCACCAUAGCCAGCAGCAGUUCAGUGAUGCCAACAGGGCAAGCCACCGAACAGCAGCCACGACGCAGCAGGAGGAUCGCAGAUCGCCAACAGCAACAACAACCUGCAGUUCGACAGCAGCCACAAACCAGCACUCAGAUGGCGAACACGCCGAACAGCGGGACGUCAUCCAAGACGUCGACAUCUAGCAAUGCCGAACCAUUUCCGGUCUGUCCUGCUCAAGGGCCGAAUGAGCUCAUCGCGGACUACAUUCAGAGAGUGCAGACCUAUACGGCCGCACUAACCCUUGCCAAGGAACGACAAGAUGCUGCCGAAGCACACAAACAACGGCUAGCAGCAGAAGCUGCAGCCCGCGCCCAGCAACAAGCUGAGGCGGCGCAGUUGGCGACCGACCAGCUCAACGCGGACAGUGCGGAGCUUCUGAUCUCUCAACAAGAUCAAUGGACAGCGGUACUCAACGGGAUGCGUUAUGUCCCCGUAGCAGGCGCCGAGCCAACGACAGUACAAGAGGAGAGACAAAACCUGGCAGACAUUCUACUCAACACAAUGCGUGUCGUCAUCUGGAACAGCACCAUGGGGGAACUUCAUUCCAGAUCUACACAGCAGCUACAAAACGAUCUCACCAAUAACGUGAAGAGGCUUGCGGCAGCCGUUAAGGUCGCGGACUCCCAGCUGAAACAGAUGGAUGCCCGCAUUGCUACUCUGGAGGCAAGGCCUUCCCAAGCGGCGCCAGGCUGCACGACAAACACGGCGAAGCAGCUCAACGGGCGCAUCGACCAUGUCGUCAAUCUCAUCGGCGACCUAGGUGCUUUCACUGGUACGGACACGAUCAGCAGCACGGUGGCCGCCAUCAAGACGGACAUCACSAAGCUGCAGACAAGACCGGACGCCGCUACAAAGAACUACAAGAUGCCGCACUUCAACAUCARCAAGUUCGAYGACUACAACAAGAYAGACGCCYUGACAUGGUGGCAAGGCUUCCUCACGGAAGCAUCCUGCCGCACUGUCCCGGCUGAAGACAUGUUGAAGGCGCUCUACCUACAACUGAUUGGAGGAGCACAGGCAUGGAUGAACCACCUUGCGGCCACCAAGCAAUGCACCAUYGCCGAACUCCACACGCGCAUUACGUGGAAGGAGUUCGAGCAACUAUGGUUCACUCGAUUCAUGGUCCRCAACGWYGUGAAGGYGRCCAUGAACGAGGUGUACACCAGCUCACAAGGAAGCAUGCCAACUCGAGACUGGACWAUCAAGUGGCAGAAGAUAGUGACCACGCCAGGCUUCGAUUUGAGCUUUCCAAACCAACGAUCCGAGUUUUUCUCGCGAUCGUGCGCAGGACUGCGGUCGGCACUCGGCAACGAGUACGACUAUGCCUCAUUCCAGGCUAUUCUGGAUCGCGCGAACCUGGUCAUCCAAACGGACGACAAGGCCGCUAACGAGAAGCAGUCCCAGCCGCACUAUGUGGCUAAGCAGGGCUAUCAACGACCGACACAUAACAAUGCCGUGAUUUCUGAAGAAACAGUCGAUCUCCACGCUGAAGCAGCAUCCUCGAGUGAUGGAGGAACUGUCGCAGCGCUCCGCCGAAGCUGUCACGAGGACGGUUGGCAUCCGGUUGAGUAUUUCUCCCAAAAGGUGCCUCUCGUCAACACUCUCGACGACGCUAGGAAGAAAGAGCUACUCGCGCUCGUCACCGUUCUCAAACGGUGGCGCCACUUUCUUCUCGAUCGUCGGCGUUUUAAAUGGAAUACGGACAACAAUCCGUUGACCUUUUAUAAAACGCAGGAUACGGUCACUAGCACGAUCGGCCGAUGGAUGUAUUACAUCGACCAGUUCGACUUUGACUCGUGCCACAUUCCCGGUCCCGCCAAUCGAGCUGCGGACGCCCUCUCACGACGGCCGGAAUUUUGCGCCAUUGUGACCACGGCAUUCGACCUCGAUGACGAUCUGCAGCCGCAUUUCGUCAAAGGCUACAAGUCCGAUCCGACUUACUCUACGCUUUAUGCGGAGCUUUCAUCGGAUCACCCGCUGGCUAGCCAUUACUGGAUUUUCGACGGGUUCCUCCUCCUUCACACGAGAGGAAAGGACUUGUUAGUUGUGCCCCAAGAUCGCAUCUUACGGACUCGUCUUCUCGGCGAAUUCCACGACGCACGACUUUUGGCACACCUUGGCGUAAACCGCACAUUAGCACACCUCCGCCAGCGUUUUCACUGGCCCGACGUCCUUCACGACGUCACGAGGUACAUUGAGUCAUGUGCAGUUUGCCAUCGUAACAAAGGUCGAUCUCGAGUCCCCUUCGGCGAACUGAAACCGUUGCCGAUUCCUCGGGCACCGCGCCUCUCCAUUGCUAUGGACAUGACAGGCCCGUUCCCCCGCGAUCGCCUCGGCCAUGACGGUAUUCUCACGGUUGUUGACCGUUUGAGUAAGUAUGCUCGCUUCCUUCCUUGCAAGUAUCAUGCUGCAGCACCUGAGCUCGUACGACUCUUGCACACCGGUUGGAUUACUAACCAGGGUGUUCCGGAAGACAUAGUGAGCGACCGAGAUACUCGCUUCAUGUCGGCCUUUUGGACUUCCCUUAUGGCUGAGUCCUGUACGACAAUGAAGCCGAGCUCAGCUUGGCACCCGCAGACGGAUGGCCAGACGGAGCGAGCACACCAGACCGCUCAGAUGAUGUUGCGUACGCUCAUCCGUCCCAACCAGAAAGAUUGGGUUGACUGGCUUCCCGACAUCGAGUUCGCCUAUAACACUUCGGUGCACCUGGCGAUCUGCAUCACACCAUUCGAGCUACAUCAUGGUGGAGAGAAAGCACGGAUCUUCGCUGAUCUCCUUUUGCCACAGGCUGCCGACAUAGACGUCCCUUGCUCUCCCGCUUCUGUCUGGAAGUAUCGGGACUUGCUAAUGAAAGCCCACGCGAAUAUGCAAAAGGCUCAGAUCCGCAUGCAGCAGCAGGCUAACCAACGCCGACUUCCAUAUCCUUUCCGCGAGGGAGACCUUGUUUGGGUCCUCUCCGAGGAAUUUGCGCUCGAGCAGGACGUUUCGCGCAAACUCCUUCCGAAAUGGUUCGGACCAUGGGAAGUCACUUCUGUCGUUGGAGACGACCCCGCAGGUCCUUCCUUUGUGGUCAACAUUCCACUGCACCUUCCAGUGCACCGGGUCUUCCACGCGUCGAAGCUGGCCAUCUACACGCCACCUUCCGUUGACGAGUUUCCCGGCCGACGAUCACAGGAUCCGCCUUCUAUGGACGGACAUCAGGAAGUGGACCGAGUCAUCACGCACCGCAAGUAUGGCAACAAGCCAAUGCAGGUCAAAUCCGAGCUGGCGAAUCUCCGACGGGCGGUGCAGAACCACAAGGGUCUGCACGAGGAUGCUACAUGGGCACUUGAUUCCCGUGUACAGGACUUGGAGCAAGGUACACCAAAACCAGAUCCUGGCGAGUCCAGCAGUGCACCCUCUACCCGCCAAUUGGAGGAACGAGUUGACCACGUAGUCGCAAUGCUUGGCGGCAUCAGCACCUUCGCUGCACCAGCCACCAUCAGCAAGCAGCUGGACACCUUGAAGACCGAGGUUCAGCAACUGCACCAGCUGCCCAACAAGGAUGGCAACACCGCGCAGCACUACAAGAUGCCGACAUUCCAAAUCGAGAAGUUCGAUGAUUAUACGCAUCAAGACUCGGUCCUCUGGUGGGAGGGUUUUACGACGCAACUUCGAAUUCUUUUCGUCCCCAAGCACUCGUACAUCGGUGCGUUGUUCCUCAACUCAAAAGGCGGAUGCCAGGUCAGCCACCUGGCAACCAUUCACGGUGUCCAGGUCGUAGAUCUGAAAGAUAAGAUCUCUUGGGAAGAGUUAACAUGGCUAUGGAAGAAGCGGUUCAUCGUGGGCGACGCUCCGGCGCUCGCCAUCAACCGCCUCUUCGCUAUGACGCAAGGCAACACAUCGACACGCUACUGGCUCACGGAAUGGCAAAAGAUCGCGGUGACGCCCGAUCUCGAAUUGCCAUUUUCGCAUCUGCGCCGCGAGUUCUACAACCAGUCAUGUGCCGCCUUGAGCUUGGCACUUGGUGAUCGCGAGCAAUACGCAACCUUCGCCGAAAUCAUUGACAAGGCAAGGAGGAUCAUCAAGACCAAUAAGGCGGCUGCACACGAAAAGUCAGCAUGGCAACCAACCUAUGUGGAGAAUGUACCAACUCCGUUGAUGGACGCCGGAGUGGAGGUUGUCGACCUUCACGCCUACAUUGCGAAGAUCGACCGCGAGUUCAAGACACAACGGUACGACGACAUCGACACACCAUUGUUGUACAUACGCAUUCAGAUCGGAGAGGCGACCUACAACGCUUUGAUCGAUUGCGGAGCUACACGCAACUACAUGAGCCAAGACUUUAUGGUACGCGCUGGCCUUGGGCCACUCGUUCAUAGGAGGUCGCAGCCCACGCAAGUCACGUUGGCCGACGGUCACACGCACAAGUCAAUCGACCGGUGCAUUGAUGCCUUCCCCGUGUACUUCGCCUCGCAUGCAAGCGAGGUCGUGUCCUUCGAUAUUUUGGACACCAAGUUCGACAUGAUCUUGGGCAUGUCAUGGCUGCGAAGCGAGGAUCACCCGGUGAACUUCUACCGCCGCACCGUUCACGUUCGCGAUCGGAACGGAGUACUAGUCUCAUGCACGGUGCUUCCUCCUCACCCUUCGAUCAGCUGCGACGUGGUGUCCGCCGCAAGCAUUCGAGCUUCCAUCAUCCGGGAUGACAUCGAGGAGAUGGGGGAUAGAUUCGUACUCAUCUACCUCGACGACAUCUUGGUGUAUAGUCGGAGUUUGGACGAGCAUGUGGAGCACCUGCGCACCGUUUUGGAGCGGCUACGACAAGCCAAGUACAAAGCCAACCGCGACAAAUGCGAAUUCGCGCGGCAAGAGUGGGAGUACUUAGGACAUUAUGUGACGCCGCAAGGCAUCCGUCCGCUUACGGACAAGAUCGAGGCCAUCCUCGUAGCAGAGAAGCCGAGCAUUGCGCAGUCCAUUGCAUCAAUGUUGUCUAAUGGAAGGCGACAGGCGGACGCUGAGGCAGCAGCGACGGCUGCAGAUGAACGCCGUCGACUACGCCGAGACAAACUCCUCGAAUGCGAAGGGGAUAUCGAGGUGAUCGCCGGCGAAUGGGCAGUGGCUGCUGAAGAGGAGGGUGCCCCCUCUGCUGUGCGUGGCCUUGCAACCACAAUCGAACAUGUGAGCGACUUGGUCGCCACCUGUGCAGCACAGCAAGAGGACAUCCUCUGCAUGGACACCCUGGUCCGGAAGCAGAUUCGCGUUAUUGAUGAACUACUGCUUGACCGGGUACGUCGGCUGGAACAGCAGCUUGCAUCAGCCACCCCUGCCGGACCCUCCAACUUAACGGACCGCGUCAACGUCUUGGAAAUCGACGUCGAGAUUCUCGAGGAGGGUGCCGGAACGACAAAUCAGAGGAUUGACCAGCAGAUUUGCGCUGCCGCAGCCAGUCCGACCGUGAAUCGUGAGAGCAUUCCGAAGUUUGACGGCCUCCCGAUCUUCUGUGAUGCAACGAAGAUGGACCCGAUCCCAUGGUGGCGGCAGUUCGAGUUGACGUUGGACAUUCACCACGUCAUCAAUCCGAAACCGGCACGCAUACUUAUACUCCCGCUCGGGAGGCGCGUGCCAGGCAUGGCUGGACAACAUGUUGUCCACGCACAACCGACCGACGAGAUAGGCCUAUGUUUUCUACGAGCCGCCUCGACGACCGAAUCUUCAUCAACGGACUUGUCUUCGGACCCCCGAGUGGUGCGGCUGCUCGACGAGUUCACCGACAUCUUCCAAUCUCCUACCGGUGUGGUGUCGGAUCGGCCUAUCUCCCACGAGAUCAUUCUUGAGGGCGGUGCCGUGUCGCCAGAAGGAUGCAUCUAUCGCAUGAGCGAGGAAGAGCUCGAGGUUCUCCGCGCUCAACUCGACGAUCUUUUGGACAAGGGCUGGAUCCUCCCCAGCAACUCACCAUAUAGUGCGCCAGUUCUCUUCGUACGGAAUAAGAACAAGGAUCUUCGCUUGUGCAUCGACUACCGCAAGCUCAAUGCACAAAUCGUCAAGAAUGAGGGACCUCUUCCGCGGAUUGACGACCUUCUCGAGCAUUUGGGCGGCGCAAAAUUUGUCUCGAAGUUGGACUUGAAGUUGGGCUACCAUCAAAUCUCGGUACACCCGCAAGAUUGCUACAAAUCCGCGUUCAAGACGCGGUACGGGCAUUUUGAGUGGAUUGUUAUGCCUUUUGAUCUCACCAAUGCCACGUCGACCUUUCAAGCGGCAAUGACGAACGAGUUUCGUGCGAUGCUGGACCGGUUUGUACUAGUCUACUUAGACGACAUCCUCGUCUAUAGCCGGGCAUUGGAGGAUCAUCUUGAGCACCUUCGACGAGUGUUGGAGACGGUCCGCCUCUCCAAGUACAAAGCCAACCGCGACAAGUACGAAUUUGUCCGGCAAGAGCUGGAAUACUGGGCCCAGUUUGUCACACCGGAGGGCAUCAGUCCGCUGUCGGACAAGAUUCAAGCCAUCCAAGAGUGGUCGGAACCGAAGAUUGACACAAAUGUCCGUUCCUUCCGUGGCUUAGCCGGCUACUAUCAACGCUUCAUCAAGGGAUACUCGAAGAUCGCGGCUCCUUUAUCCAAGCUUCAAUGUGAGGACCGACCAUUCGACUUCGACGACCAUGCCCAGACUUCAUUUUUGGCUCUCAAAGCCGCAUUGCUAUCCGCAGAGGUGUUGCGCUGUCGGGACAGAAACCCUGACAAGGGUAUCUGCCCUGUAUUUUCAAUGUCGGACGAAGUCCGAGUUUUGAUAUAAGUUUGUGGAAUUGGUCUGACAAAAUAAGCAUGCUAUUGGAUUAUUCCAACUCGUCCGCAGGAUUACGACA